GUAGCCCCUGAAGUGUUAAAAGGUAAACCUUAUACUAAAGCAGCAGAUAUAUAUAGUCUUGGCAUGAUUAUGUAUUUUGUAGCAACUGGAAAACAACCUUUUUCCAAUUAUGCACAUGAUGAAUAUUUAGUAUUAAAUAUAUGUAAUGGAAUUAGACCUGAAAUGAACGAGUCAGAAAUACCAAAAUGUUACAUUGAUAUAAUGAAGAAGUGCUGGGAUUCAGAUCCAAAUAAUAGACCAAGCGUUACUGAGUUGGAAAUAAUGAUUAAAUCAUUUUUUAGUUUUGGAUAUUUUAAAGAUAAGGAAAUUGAAAAGCAAUUUAACAAAGCAGAAGAAUAUAGAAAAGCAAAUCUUUUAUCCAUUAGAAGUAAUCAAUCAAGUACUCAUUUAGAAGCUUAUUACACAUCUCGAUUACUUAAUCCACUUACAAAAAAUCUUUAUUCAAU